UCGAGAAUAUUCCGUGAAGUAAACCCAAAACACGAGUGUUGGGGUCCUGUACACUCAGCUCCAAGCUCUUCCAUACACCACUUAUCGUAAUCAGGGGCUCCGCUCUCCUACCUAUCAUGUCACACUCCACACUACAAAGUGAAGUGAACAAGUUAAAUGCCGAAGGACAGACCCUCCAAGCUGUAGAGGUCAUUACUUCAGAGAUCAAAGUAAACCCUGAAAAUCCUGAACUUUUUCUCCAGAGGGCACAGAACCUGCUGAAGCUUGAAAAGUUUAAAGAGGCAAGCAGUGACGCAGCUCGAGCACUGGCUCUGGGCGCAGGUGCUGAAGCUCACUUGGUGCAUGGCAAAGCUCUCUUCAACUUAGGGGAGUAUGUGGAAUCUUUAGAGACAUUCAACAAGGGCAAAGCCAAAGCAGGAUCAGACUUAGGGGGGUUUGACCAGUUUGGGCAGUGGACAGUCUGGUGUGAAGAACGCAUCAAGAAGUUAGGGAUUAGUGAUAUCUCUUCAGAAGCUGCCAAGGUUUCAGGAAACACCAUGGAAAAACCAGAAGUUGCCCCAGAUACUAUGCCAGUACCAAAAAUAAAGCACGACUGGUACCAGACGGAAUCACACGUUAUCAUUACUAUACUUGUCAAAAACUUGAAGAAAGAAGACGUUAAAAUAGAUUUCACCGAUAAGACUGUAAGUGUAUCAGCACCAUUGCCUUCUGGAUCAGAAUAUAGCCUAGAGUUGGAUAUGUGUCAUCCGAUUAACCCAUCAGGGUCUUCAUUCAGAGUUGUGCCUUCUAAAAUAGAAGUGAAAUUGAAGAAGGCAGAUGGUAUUCGCUGGACAGCACUUGAGGGAGAUGGUGCCACUCCGAGUGUCAAAUCGAAUCCAACAGCAGCAUCCACAGAUGGAAAAAUUGCAUCCUAUCCAUCUUCUUCAACUAAAAAACAUGAUUGGAACAAAUUGGAAGCAGAGGUGAAGAAGGAGGAAGAGGAAGAGAAGUUGGAAGGGGAUGCUGCACUAAACCAGCUCUUCCAGAAGAUUUAUGGCCAGGGUUCAGACGAGACACGACGAGCCAUGAAUAAAUCUUUUAUGGAAUCAGGUGGUACAGUCCUCAGCACAAACUGGAAAGAAGUAGCUGGUCAGAAAGUGGAGGUAAAGCCUCCGGAUGGCAUGGAAUACAAACAGUGGGAUCAGUGAAACGCGAGCAGGAGUGCAGCCAGUGUUGCACUGGACACACCUACAAAAUAUUAAGAGAUUGCUGGAAUUCAUAGCUAUCCAAUUUUUGUUGUUAGGUGUGCUGCACAAACUUCUUUUUUCUUUUUAUAUACAAAUUUGAAUGUGAAAUGCUCUUGAAGUUAUUCAGUAUUUGUGUAUAUUGUAUUGAUAUGUUAUGAAAGUUGAGCUAGAAUAUACAAUUCAGUCAACAUUAAAUCAUUUUAUUUGCAUGACACCUUUAUCAGUGCUGAAAACCGGUUUGCUACAUAACCAUUUUGACUGGUAUAAUAAGUAAUUUAGCAUUAAGCUGUCACCGAUAUAUUUACUGUUAAAUACAGAAGUUCUUCCUGGGAAUGAUACAAGUGAGCUUGAGUAUAUCAACUCAGUACCAGAAUAUUACUCAUACUCUAAUUAUUAAAAAACAAAUGGCUAUUCAUACUUGUGAAAGCUUUUGGUUUCAAAAUUUAACUUGCUGUUUUAGCUAAAUAUUUAACUCAUUACAUGUAGAUAAUACUUUAGUUCUGACUUUUCAGAUAUUCACUUCUCUUGGUAAUCUCCAAAUGGCUGUUAAUAAAAUUUAAGCAUAAAGUAAAUUACAUUCCAGUUGGAGGAUGUUCCACACUAAAGUUUAAUUUAUUCUGCUUUAAAGUGUUAAAUUGUUGCCAUAAAUACUAGUACAGGUAAUGAUAGUUUUACAUGGUUUAAAUGCUUGUUUAAUAUAAAAAUACAUGUUUUUGCUAUCGUGUUGGUAUUUACUAUAUUCAGUUCUUUCCAUUACAUAUCUAGUGCAUCUUAAUUAAAAGGCUGAAUAUAUUAUCACAUUUAUAAAGGCAAUACAAUACAGUAUUGUAAAUCCAAGUCACACUACAGUAAUUCUGAUUAAUUGGGACUGGAUUCCAUUUAAACAAAAAAUGUUUGGCAAAAAUGAAAAAGUGAAUAAAUGUACAAAAUUACAUGCACUAAUAUAACGUGUGUACAUUCAGUACAGUUAAAUCCCAGUUUAACAUGGAGAUGCAUUCCAGAAAACAUUUUGCACUUCAGUGUCCCAAAGUAAAUCAUUUAAACUUAGAAACAAUGUUUCAAGAAAAUAAAAAAUUGUUAGACAAACUAAUGUUGGUGCAAUAAGGAAAUAGAAAAUUAAUUAAACUGCAUAAAAUUUUUAAAAUAUUAACUUGGGCAACAAAUUUAGAGUAAUGUUCAGUAAAAGUUAAAACAAAACAAAAAUAUAUAUAUAUAAUUAUAUUUUACUCUGACAUUAAGCACAAAAUCUGUGCUAUUUAUUUUGGGACAUGAAUAACCUUCACUGUUGAUACAGUAUAUAAAAAAGUAUUACAGAAAAUAUAUACUUUGCAUAAACAUUUAAAAGCUUAAAAAUAUCACAUGGAAAAGGCAAUAUAACAAAAAUAAAACAAUUAUAGGAACAAGGUACAGCCUUUUAGAAUUACCAGGUGGAAUUUCAUGUGUUACAUUAAGAUAAUGGCACCUUAAACUUCACUAUACCCAGUAUUUGAUAUUGAAGGCAACAAGAGAGCCAUAGUGAUCACAUCCCUAGCAUAAAUAACAUCUGGUACUGUAUUGAUUCUCCAUGCUACUAAUGAUUUGAUUAAUUGGGAAUGUGUAUUUUCUGUGGUUCACAAUCCAGACUAAUUGCAGACAGCCACUUUGUGCAAACUUUUUAUUUUAUUUUAUUUUUUAAAUGUUGUUCUAGUCUCAGUGGUUAUAAACAAUUAUUUGACUUUUCAAGAAAUGCCUUCUAGUGAUGUCAUUUUUCACAAAUAAAUAGAAAUGAUU